AUGACCUGCAAGAAGUGGUACUCAAACAGCCAGACCAAGUGGAUCCUUGUUGGCAGUGCCAGUGUGACCCUGGUACUGACCAUCUCGAUGGUCCUGGGCCUCACUCUGCAUCGUCCAGGCUGUGACCCGGAGGUAGUCUGUCGUCCUGAUGCUGACAUGCUGGACUACAUGAUGAGUACAGGCCACAUCAGUCACCGAGAUGGCCUGCUGGUCACCUGGUAUCAUGCAGCUAACAGCAAGAAGGAAAUGGAGGCAGCUCUGAGCAGUGAUGUCAUGGUCUUGGAGGCAGAUGUCAAUGUAGAAGGGUUCGCCACAGCCAACGAGACGCGGGUGCCCAUUAUGGCCCACCCUCCAGCCAUCUAUAGCGACAACACCCUGGAACAGUGGCUGGAGGCUGUGCUGGCCUCUUCCCAAAAGGGCAUCAAACUGGACUUCAAGAGCCUCAAGGCUGUGGGCCCCUCCCUGGACCUCCUGCGGCAGCUGACAGACUCCGGCAGGAUCCAGAGGCCUGUAUGGGUCAAUGCUGAUAUUGUGAAGGGCCCCAACGUGCCCAUCUCAGUUGAGAUUAAUGCUACACAGUUCCUGGCAUUGGUCCAGGAGAAGUACCCAGAAGUCACCCUGUCUCUAGGCUUCACCACUCUCUAUGUGCCUCAGUUGCCAAAUUCCACAUAUACCCAAGACAUGGUGGAAAAAAUGCAGGAGCUGGUGAGAGCGCUGCCACAGAGGGUCACCUUCCCUGUGCGGGCUGUAAUGGCUCGGGCUGCUUGGCCCCACUUCAGCUGGCUGCUGGGCCAAUCUGAGAGGUACAGCCUGACGCUGUGGCAGGGUACCUCGGACCCCGUGUCAGUAGAUGAUCUCCUCUACAUCCGGGACAACAGUGCCACCCACCAAAUCUACUAUGACCUCUUUGAGCCUGUUUUGUCGAAGUUCAAGCAGCUGGCCUUGAAUGCAACCCGGAAGCGAACGUACUACACAGGUGGCAGCCUGAUCCCCCUCCUCCAGCAGCCCGGGAGUGACGGUCUAGAGGUCAAGUGGCUGGUACCAGAAGUGCAAGACAGUGGGACGACAGUGGCCAUUACCAUCCCUGACACAGAAGGCAUGAUCUUGCUGGACAUUGGCCUCCAGGGAAAUGCCGCUGGGGACCCUGUGCCCAUUGUGCGUGCCCUAGAUAGCCCUGCUCUGACACUGGAGUCAUGCCUGCUGCAGCUGGCCACACGCCAUGGGCACUGGGGCAUUUAUGUGAACAUAGCAGAACCCAUGGCCCUCCGGCCAUCCCUAGCUAUGCUAGCAUACCUCUCCAACCUUGGACAUCUGCCCUGGCCUGUGUGGGUGGGGGCCACAAUCUCACAUGGCAGUUUUGUGGCCCCUGGCUACGUGGCUGGCAGAGAGCUGCUUACAGCUGUGGCUGAGAUUUUCCCCCAUGUGACCGUGGCACCAGGCUGGCCUGAAGAGGUGUUGAGCAGUGGCUACCAGGAGCAGCUGCUUACAGAUAUGCUGGAGCUGUGUCAGGGACUCUGGCAAUCUGUGUCCUUCCAGCUGCAGGCUGGGCCACUGGGCCAGAGUACGGUGGAAACCAUGACCAGGCUGCUGGCAGCCUCCCCACGGGCCACUGUCACAGUGCAGUACAGCCUUGCAGGGAGCAGCUAUGCAGAUGUGUGGGCUGGGCUGUGGAUGGCCAGGACCGUGGACAGGACCCGAGUCUACUACAGGCUACCCAAAGGGUACCGGGAAGACUUGCUAGGAGAUGUGAGCAAGAAGUGACCACCCAGUGGGACUGCACCAUGUGACAUGG